GCCGCCCCGGCCCGGCCGCCGCUCCUCGCUCCGCUCCCCGACAGCCGCGCAGCGCGAAGAUGGCGGCGUUCAAAUUCCUGCUGCAGCCCUUGGGCCGCCGCAUCCUCCUGCCGGCCGCGCGCAGGGCCGAGAUUUGUGGAUGCUAUUUUUCUACCAGUUCUCAUCGCAACACCAAAUUUUAUACUGAUCCUGUUGAAGCUGUAAAAGAUAUACCCAAUGGGGCAACUAUACUUGUUGGUGGUUUUGGAUUGUGUGGGAUUCCUGAAAACCUCAUUGGGGGUUUACUGAAGACUGGAGUAAAGGGAAUAACUGCAGUCAGUAACAAUGCAGGUGUUGACAAUUUUGGACUUGGUCUUCUGCUUCAGACUAAGCAGAUAAAACGCAUGGUGUCAUCAUAUGUUGGAGAGAACGCUGAAUUUGAACGCCAGUAUUUGUCUGGUGAGCUUGAAGUUGAGCUUACACCACAGGGUACACUUGCUGAACGUAUUAGAGCAGGAGGAGCAGGAAUCCCAGCAUUUUACACCAGUACUGGCUAUGGGACGUUGGUACAGGAAGGGGGUGCACCCAUCAAGUACAACACAGAUGGCACCAUUGCCAUUGCCAGCCAGCCAAGAGAGGUGCGAGAGUUUGACGGCCGUCACUUUAUUCUGGAGAAGUCAAUUACAGGAGAUUUUGCUCUUGUGAAGGCAUGGAAGGCUGACCGUGCAGGAAACAUCAUUUUCAGGAAAACUGCAAGAAACUUCAACCAACCUAUGUGCAAAGCUGCAAAGACAACUGUGGUAGAGGUGGAAGAAAUUGUUGACAUAGGAGCAUUUGCCCCAGAAGACAUUCAUGUUCCCAAAAUCUAUGUCGAUCGUUUAUUACAAGGAGAGAAGUUUGAGAAGAGAAUUGAACGUUUAUCAAUUCGAAAGCCUGAAGACUCAAAAGCCAAACAAAAGCAAACAGACAAUGUGAGGGAAAGGAUCAUCAAACGGGCUGCUUUGGAGUUUGAGGAUGGCAUGUAUGCUAAUCUGGGUAUUGGAAUCCCACUGUUGGCCAGUAACUUCAUCAGUCCAGACAUAACUGUUCACUUACAAAGUGAAAAUGGAGUCUUGGGUUUGGGUCCUUAUCCACUUGAAAGUGAAGUAGAUCCAGACCUGAUUAAUGCAGGUAAGGAGACAGUGACUGUUCUUCCAGGUUCUUCCUAUUUCUCUAGUGAUGAAUCAUUUGCAAUGAUAAGAGGCGGCCAUGUUGACUUGACAAUGCUUGGAGCUAUGCAGGUGUCCAAGUACGGUGACCUGGCCAACUGGAUGAUUCCUGGUAAGAUGGUGAAAGGGAUGGGGGGUGCUAUGGACCUGGUAUCCAGUGCACAGACCAAAGUCGUUGUCACCAUGGAACACUCAGCCAAGGGCAAUGUCCAUAAAAUCUUGGAAAAAUGCAGCUUGCCACUUACUGGGAAACAAUGUGUUGACCGCAUCAUUACAGAGAAGGCGGUGUUUGAUGUGGACAAGAAGAAGGGAUUGACUCUCAUAGAAAUCUGGGAAGGACUGACAGUGGAUGAUAUCAAGAAAAGCACUGGCUGUGACUUUGCAGUUUCGCCAAAAUUAAUACCAAUGAGGCAGAUUUAAAUGCGAAAUACAGACUGGGCUUAACUUCUCAGAAGGCUUGUUUCCAAAUGGGAGAAAUCGGUGACUGUUUUAGAGUUCUACUUUUUUUUUUUUUCCUUUUCUUAUUUUUUAAGGGCUUUGUAAGUAAUUUCCAGAUAGUUAAGCUCAGGCUUUGACUAUAAGUCUAAAUUGUAUUCUGCUUUCAUAACAUUACCAAUUUUAAUGGAAGGGUGAAUAUAUUCCCUAAAUUUUGAAUCCUAUUAUACUAAAAUGUUAAUGAUGAUUGUAAAAAAAAGAAGCCUUGUAGUCUGUCUGCCAAAUACUAUGUUUUUUACACAGAAUUAGAAAACAACCAUGCAAAACUUAUGAUUGCCUCUGUGUAUCCUGAUAUCUGUUGCUCUGGAACUGCGGCACUUGUCCAUUCUCCUGUAAAGGUGUGGGGUUUUUUUUCUGGAGUCAUCUAUAACAAGUGUACAUAUCUGUAGAGAGACAUCGGGAAUAUGAACUUUCCUUUUCCUGAGCCUUUUAAUCAGGAAAGGAAAUAGUUUUAUCUGUGAUAAAACUAUUCACACUGGUGGAAAUAACUGGGACCUAAAUGUAUCUGCUGCUUCCACGGUGUGCGUCUUUUGGUAUUAGGAAGCCUACACUUCCCAAAGUCCAACUGUGACCCUUUAUAUUUCGAUCAUACAAACUAGAAUGGGGCUGAUGUGAAGGAGGAAUAUUAAAAAGGCUCCAUCCCCAUGCAGACAACUGGUAGCUGCACAAUUUCCCACGUUAACUACUCUUACUCUCCAGAUAUAAUGCUUCUCCCCAGAUACCAGUCAAAGGCAAAUGAAUAUUGUUUCUGGAGUGAGGUCUGUCCUUCAGUGUUACACAGAGAAACAGGGACACCUUGAAGGUUGUGGACACCUUGAAGAUUCUUAAGAAGGAAUAUGGAUAGUUAAGAAUAAAAGCAUUAAAUCUGCACCACUUCCCAGUCAAGGCAUCAGAAAAAUCUAAAGAAUUUGUAACCCAAACUUAUUAUAACUAGAAUAAAUGCCAUAAGACAAUCAAAAUGAAAAGACAGAGUUUUUCUGCUGUUUGGUGAAGGGUUUUUUUCCCCUGUUGUUAAUUACAAAAUUAUUUUGAUAUUUUGUUAUUUUUGCAAAUAGGUGACAUGACAACAUUGAAUCUCAUAUACCAAAUCAGCACAAUAUGUCUUUAUUAUACAGAGCAUGAACUGACUGGAAAUCAACAUUUACUAAAAUAUAGUGUUUUCUCCGAGCA